UCUAUGCAUAAAAUAAUUCGAAAUCAAGAUUUCCUUUAACAUGAAAUACGAUUUAUAUUAUCAUAACAACCAGGUGUUAGAUCUUAGCAGAAAUAUAUUUUUAUAUCGAACAAGAUUGCUAAAAUGAGAGAUUAUAUUUUAAAAAGAAAAAAUAUAAAAUGUCGGAAGAGUGGUACCUACAGUCGAUUAGUUCAGCGAUACAAAAGUAAUAAAGUAUCUGCUGGUAAUAAAAAUUCUUCCCAGAAUGUUCACAUUGAGCGUGGCGGCGAAACAUUUCUACCCGAAAUCCAGGCCGAUGAUGUAUCCAAUAUCGUACCUGUCGAUGAAAAUAAAAUUUCACAGGAAAUUUCCGAUUGGGAUCAGGAAGCCUCCGAAAACUGUAAGAUACUGUUGUUAUACUAUAUGCUUAAAUUACAGUCCUAUUUUUUUAGCUGGCAGCACAAGACUAGUUGACAAAAUUCGAAACUGGUCUACCGAAUUCCAUAUUACCCACGCUGCUUUGAACUCCCUUGUAGGAAUUCUGAACUCUGACUUACAUUUAAAUCUUCCAAGCGACGCCCGCACCAUUUUGAGGACACCCAGAAAUCUGAGCAUAAUCAGUAUGGGAAAUGGUGGAAAGUAUUGGCAUCAGGGUGUUGAGAGCUGCCUGCGCAAAGCAUUGACUUCAAUUAAUAAGCCCUCAUCAAUAUCGCUCAACAUCAACGUAGACGGUCUGCCAAUCCAUAAGAGCAGUUCAAAGAACUUUUGGCCGAUACUUUGCAACAUCCAUGAACUGCCGCAAGUUGCCCCAAUGGCAAUCGGAAUUUACUAUGGGACCAGUAAGCCAAAAAGUGCUUCUGAAUUCCUUAACCCGCUCAUUGACGAGCUGUUGCCAAUUCUAGAGGGAGGCAUGAUGAUAAAUGGUUACCAAGUUGCGGUCAGCAUAAGGUGUUUUGUGUGCGAUUCGCCCGCACGAUCAUUUAUUAAGGGAGUACUAAAUUACAACGGUAAGCAUGGCUGCCUGAAGUGCACUACAAAAGGGAAAUAUUGUCAUUCAGCUGGAACAGUAGUAUUUCCUGACCAUAAUGCACAACCUCGAACGAACGAAAAAUUUCGGAACAAUGAGUAUCCUGAACAUCAGCUGAGUGAGACACCAUUGAUCCGGUUACCCAUCGACAUGAUAGAAGAUGUUAUCGUCGCCGACGCACUUCAUCUACUGGAACUUGGUGUAAUGCGUAAGCUAUUGAAUGGAUGGCGCACAGGUUCAAUGACGAAGCGAGCAAAGUGGAGCACUGCAGAAAAAACUGAAAUUUCAAUUUUUUUGGUGCAGAUUCGUUUCCCCAAAGAAAUUCAUCGGCGAAUGCGAUCGUUGGACUUUGUGUCUCUGUGGAAAGGAUUAGAAUACCGGAAUUUUUUAAAUUAUGUUGGCUUCAUUCUUCUCAAGGACCAUCUGUCCGAAAAAUUUUAUGAACACUUUCUCAAAUUGUUUUGUGCAGUUAGGAUCUGCUCGGUAGAAACUCAUAAAAGUUUACUUCCGGUAGCCCGAGAAUUAUUCAAUGAUUUCAUUGAUGAAUACAAAGCUCUAUACGGCAUAGAGUAUUUGACUAGCAAUAUUCAUAACCUCUGCCACAUCGUGGAUGAGGUGGAAAGAUUCGGACCUUUGUUCACACUGUCUGCUUAUCCUUUCGAGAACUACCUCCAUUCACUCAAGAAAAUGCUACGUUCAGGGCCACUACCUCUAAACCAAAUUGCAAAUCGUCUAACAGAACUAGACAAACUAUUCAAUCAGUUGAAAAGACGGAAAAGAAAACAACAAUCUCUUUAA